CAAAUAUAAACGCGAAAAGAGUAGAUGUGAUAUUCAUCAAGCAAUAAAGGAUCUCAUGUUAUACCCCAAAAAACAAUCAUUUGUCUUCUAACAAAAGUAAUGAUUCAAGCAAUACAUGGGUUCUAAGCUUAGCAAGAUAGGGAAAUCGGAAACAGGAAAAGCGUAAACCUUGAAAUUAGAAUCAUCCAGUAUUAACCCUAUUCUUUUUAAAUAUAUAUGAGAGAUCACCCUUACCUAAAUUAAAUGAAGAACCAGUAGACAAGAUAUUAAACAAUUCUUCUUAUCGGAUAGACGGGGCCGGCAGACAAUACACACUGAUCAGCGUUCUAAAGGGUCAUCAAUCGGGACUGCAGUUUUUCCAUCCGAACUCAAAUGAACUCGGCUCGGGUGAAUAGUAAAAUCGAAAAAAUUAAAAAAAUGUUCAAAAAAAUCUGAAUGUUUUUUAUGGCAAACUGUGAUGAAUGUUCUAAAAGCUUGCAAAGUUUUAUCAUGAAAUCACAUUUGUGGAAGUCAUGACAGAAAAUAAACAAAAUAGAUAUUCUGAAAAUGCUACUUUCGAAAGCAGUUUGGAGCACCGAUUUUAUUUUUCUUUUUAUCACGACUUCCACAAAUGUGAUUUCAUGAUGAAAUUUUGGAAGCUCUUAGAACAUUUAUCAAAGUUUGUUAGAAAAAAAAUCAGAUUUUUUUGAAUAUUUAAAACAAAGUUGAGUUACUAUUCAUCCCGAGCUCAUUUGAGCUCGGGUGUAGAAGGGGACUUCCCCGUCCUUGGUAAGUUAGCGCCUAGAAUAUUGGGUGGAAGCCAGUAUAUAUGGAUCGAAAAGCAUGUUACCUUCACACGUACGCCUCUUCCCCUAAUUAAACCUAGACGUAUAUUCGCUACUGAUUUUGGGGCCCCAAAAUUUCGAAGGCCCUAGACGGUCGCCCACUUUGGCCCCCCUCAUCAACGGGCCUGCAAAUUGAUAGUGAUGAUUCGUGAUGAAGGAGGUACAUUUUGUAUGAAAUGGUGGACGGUCACUGCUCAUUUGUGGUCUCUUUUUCAGGAGUCUACGGAGGUUGUUCAGGAGGUACUACCGAUAGGAACAAAGGAAUUCACGUUGGUGGAGAUCAUAGCUGCCACCAACAACUUCGCCCAUGACACAAUGACCAAUUGCGGCAGCGGAGGAAGGGUGUAUAGGGGCAGGCUUCAGAAUGGACGACGGGUGGCCAUCAAGCGCAUGUCAGAAAACAUACAGCUGGAGGACUUCCGCACGGAGCUCGACGUCCUAGCAAAGCUACGACACAAGCAUAUCAUCCCCCUCCUUGGAUGGUGUGUUAGCAUUAAGGGAAAGCGCCUGCUAACCCGGCGAAGAAAGGAGUUAGAAAGGCUUAUCUUGUACCCAAAUCAGGCUGGCUCCUCUAUAUAUAUGCUGUCACCGGUGACCAUGUCUUGCAAUAUGCGCAUCGAUGUGCUCCUCCGUGUUUCACAAGCAAAAAUAGAGUACAUCCACUGUCAUUCCAACCCUCGGAUCAUCCACCGUGACAUCAAGUCAAUCAACAUCCUUUUCGAUGUCAGUUGGGUGCCCCAUGUUUCAGAUUUUGCCUCGUCCGUCGUCUGGGACAUGGCGAGUGAGGUGCCGUGGUUGGAUGUCAUCGUUAGAGGCACACUUGGGUACAUCGACCUUGAGUACCUCCAUACAGGUCAUCUGACUCCGGCUAGCGACGUGUAUUGCCUUGGCGUGGUUAUGCUUGAGGUUCUGACAGGGAAAAGGGCGUUUUCCCAAGCAAAGGAGGAGAUGAAUAGAGAUCUGGCAUCUUUUGCACUCCCCAUGAUUGAGGCCGGUAACAUUGAGGAGAUGCUGGAUAGACGACCUGUACCGGAGCCAACGUCAUGACAGCUGCACGCAUUGAAGCAUGUGGCGCAGAUUGCACGAUGCUGCGUGAAGUUUGCCAGGAAGGACCGGCCCACCAUAUCAGGCAUCGUUCCCAACCUCAAGACGGCGUGCGAGUUGAUCUCCAGAGACGAGCCGGAUUCAGUUGACAAGUCUGGUUUCAAGUCUGAUUUGUGGCCCUUGUUGUUGUCUAGCCUACUCACUGAACCAUGGCGAUCACCGGAGAUAAGGAAGAAACAAGAGAAAGGGAGAGGACACAAAUAUUUCCGGCGCACAUACGCUCCGCCGCACGAACGGCGCCUCGGCCGCACGAACAGCCUAAUUUUUCAUUGAGCACGAACUCGGGCUCGGCACAUACCGCAGCCACACCCACACGAAGGACUACUGGAGACUACAUCUC